UGUAUGUUUGGAAAAUAAAAAGGAAUAGACGUGACUCUUGAAUUAGAAGGGAAAUAACAGCAAUUUAAUUCGAUGUUAGGAUUUUUAUAUGAAAAAACUACAUUUUCAAUAAAAUUUAGAGAUGGUUAAAGAAUGUACAUAAAGGAUGGGUGUGUUAUUAGAUAGUAAUUUUAAAAUCUAUAAUAAUAAUUUAGAGAUACCACCAAAUAUCCAGACCAUAAGUAAGAAGUAUACAGAAACUUUGAAUAAGCUUAAUUCUUAGUAUGGAAUGGGAAAUAUGGAAGAGAUGAUAAAAAAAUUGGAAAAUGGAGUGCAUUUUGGAUGGAAGAUGAUAAAAUUAAAGUUGGUGGAGGUUGGUUUGAUAAUAAUGGUUAAAAAUAUGGUAAAUGGAUUGAAUUAUCUGAAAAUUAUAGUAAGUAAGAUUAAAUUGUCAUUAAUAAUUCUUUUAUAGGGUAAGUAAAUUAACCUAUGUCGGAUAAUAUAAUAAUGGAAUAAGAAUAGGAUAAUGGGAUAUAUAUUACAAUGAUACUAUAAUGUAAAAUAUUUAUAAAAAGAUUAUAUAUAGAGGUUUAGGAGUAUAUAAUCAAAAAGGGAUGAAAAAUGGAGAGUGGACAAUUUUACAUGAAAAUUUUUGGAAGUAAUAUGAAUAAUAUUUAAUUUAGUCGAUGUCAAAUAAUUUAUAUUGGAUAAUUUUUAGAUGGAAAAAGAAUAAGUGAAUGGAAAACUUUUUACAGAUUCUCUUAUAAAGACUCAUUUAAUUUUUUGUAAUUAGUAAAUUAAAAUUGAAUAGUUCAUCAGGAUAAUAUAAUCAAUCUGGGAAGAAAAUAGGGGAAUGGAAUGAAUUUGAUGAAAAUUUUUGGCAGUUAAAAAAACAUUAUUAUUUUAGUGACCAUGAAGUUAUUUCUUGUGGAAAAUAUGAUAGUGGGAAAAAAAUAGGAAAAUGGAUAAUCAAGUUUAGAAACUUUUUUUAUGAAUAAUUCUAGAUAAUGUAAUAGUUUUUUAUAAAUUUAGAGGUGGAGGAAAUUACGAUGAGAAUGGAAAGAAAAUAGGUAAAUGGAUUGAAUUGAGUGAAUAUUUCUUGAGGUUUUAUUUAUAAAACUUAAUUUAGUAAUUGCUAAACUUUUUUGAUUGGAGAAUACGAAAAUGGAAAGAGAGUUGGUAAAUGGGAAUUAUACUUUUAAUAAAAUUCGAAAAAGGAAUAUAAGAGAAAAAAAAACUUAAUGUAUUUUAAAUUGAUUAAUUUUGUAGUGGAGGAGGAGUUUAUGAUAAGAAUGGUAUCAAAGAUGGUAAAUGGAUUGAAUUAUAUGGAAGUAAUUUGAUUGAAACUUUUACACUUUGUUCUGUUUUUUAUUAAGGGAGUUAUAUAAAAGGUUAGAGAGUAGGAAAAUGGGAGAUUUUUCAAAAUUCACAAAAAAUGUAUUUUCUUAAAUUUUAUUUUAGUGGGGGAGGUGUUUAUGAAUAACCUGAUAUAAAAACUGGGCCAUGGAUAGAAAUACAUAAUAACUAUUGUAAGUAUACAUUAUUUCAAAACUAUUAUUCAGUGAGUGUAGAGUUUUUUAUACUGGAGAGUAUAAAGAUGGAUGGAAAAUAGGAAAAUGGAGUACUCUUGAUCAUUAUGAUUACAUAUUGUAAAUAUAAUUAUGAUCUAUUUAGAGGUGGUGGAAAAUAUAAUAAUUAAGGAUUAAAAAUUGGGAAAUGGAUUGAGAUUUGUGAAAAUUACGAUGAGUAUUAUUCUAUAAUAAAUUGUAGAGAAUACUAAAUAUAUUAAGUAGGAGAAUUCAAAAAUGGAAUUAAAAUUGGCAAAUGGGAAAUUUUUUCAAAAAAAAGGUUAGAUACAUAAUACAAAACUAUGUAAUAUAUAAUUAUAUUAUAGCGGAGGAGGUCAAUAUAAUGAAAAAGGUUAAAAAAAUGGAUAAUGGAUAGACAUUUUAAGUUAUCAAAAUGAGUAAUCUAUUCAUUUUUCUUUUUAGUCCCCAAAAAAUACUUUUAAUAGGACAAUACAAAAAUGGAUUAAAAUUGGGUUAAUUUAUUAGGGAAAAUUUGAAUUGA